AUGACGUGCUACGCAAAGUCGGAAUUCAAGCCACCGACUACCUUGUUUCUGAUGACUUCGUCCGAAUUUCGACUUGUCUACGCCAGUCGUUUCAUGUACUCUUCAUCUUCCGUUUACCUUGCCCCUGAGGAAGAUAAAAACAAGUAUUCACAGCUGCGUUGUCAUUCAGAAUCCGUAGAAUGUUGCCUUUGGAUCCCAUCCGAUUAUGAAUUCCGUAGUUGCGAUAAAUCAUUCAUUCCUUGUUUCCCGAUGCGGUCCGAUUUGUCCGAUUUCCGAGACGCUCGGCCGUUUUUCUCCCGCUCCAUUCUGACCGAUCAGAGUUGUUUAAAGCCCGCGCAACCAGGUCAUCAACAGCAAACGGUAAAAAUCGGUGCUGAAAUGGAUGCCUUGGUUCGUCGAGUUUUUGCCGGUGCCAAUCAGACCUCCGUCCCGGAUUGGCCACCAUCGGCUACAAACACUGCGACUAGAAAUUUGAACCAAAUCAGUUCUCUCUCUACGGUCAGCGGUACCACAGGCACCGACAUGGCUUCAACGACCACCAACACCCCCACUGCAGGUUUCCAUGGCGGUCAGAAUGAGAACGGUUUCGAUGGUUUCGGAACCGGACUGGUCAACCAACAGACAACCGUAGGACUGGUGCGUACCGGUGCCUUGUCUGGAGAUACGCAACCGGCCUCACUCCACUUUGACCCGAUUUUGGAUACACCAUGGGAGGAACCAGAGUGCAGUGAAGAACAUUCCACACCCUCAUCGGACGGCGGUGUAUUCGUUGCUGGCGAUUCGCUUUCCCCAACCACCACCACCACUGGCAACACCUUAGCAAUCUCGAAUAACCUCAGUAGCAACGCAUUCACUUCCGGAUCUACCAACACCAACCUCGGCACUGUGACAAACGUCCCUACCAAUCCGUUCCUACCCACAUUCAGUCCACCAACUCCAGCCCUAGCACCGCAACCACCACUACCACCUGUUGCAAUAUCUCGAUCAGCACCAGGCGGUACCCCAAAGAANUGUCCCGUUGACCCAUUCGCCCGAUGUGUCCACAUUCUGUUCCGCUGCGUGUUGUACUCAGGCGGGCAAGGGCACUCAGCUCAACCGGGUAUUGGAUCCAGUCUCUGCCGAUUGGACACAACCAUUGUGCCAACGAAAAAUGCAAUUGAUCUACGAUGA